GGUGGGUGGACAACACACCCGGAAGUGAAGCGCCUCCUUAACGGAGCGGUGGCGCGGCUGGCGGGCCCGGGAGUCCAGUUUAUUUUGGAGGAAGUCACUGCGUCGAACUUGAGAAGCAGGCUGUACAGCUAUCAGCUGGGCUGACCAUGGCCCUUUCUGUGGAGACGGAGUCGCACAUCUACCGAGCUCUGCGCACUGCCUCUGGGGCUGCAGCCCACCUUGUGGCUUUGGGCUUUACCAUCUUUGUGGCUGUACUUGCCAGACCUGGCUCCAGUCUGUUCUCCUGGCACCCUGUUCUUAUGUCUCUGGCUUUCUCCUUCCUGAUGACUGAGGCACUCCUCAUGUUUUCUCCAGAGAGUUCACUGCUGCGUUCCCUCUCACGGAAGGUCCGAGCACGCUGCCACUGGGUGCUUCAGCUGCUAGCCCUACUCUGUGCUCUGCUGGGUCUAGGUCUUGUCAUCCUCCACAAAGAGCAGCUUGGCAAAGCACACCUGGCCACUCGACAUGGGCAGACAGGGCUGUUAGCGGUGCUGUGGGCAGGUCUGCAGUGUUCAGGUGGUGUGGGGCUGCUCUACCCCAAGUUGCUGCCUCGAUGGCCCCUGGCAAAGCUGAAACUCUACCAUGCCACUUCUGGGUUGGUGGGCUACCUGCUGGGCAGUGCCAGCCUCUUGUUGGGCAUGUGCUCACUCUGGUUCACUGCUGCUGUCACUGGCAUUGCCUGGUACCUGGCUGUGCUGUGCCCCGUCCUCACCAGUUUGGUAAUCAUGAACCAAGUGAGCAAUGCCUACCUAUACCGCAAGAGGAUCCAACCAUGAGCACUUCCCAGCCAUAAGGAAACCUGGAUUUGCAUCUCAGCGUAGGACCUGGGGCUGGGAACUUGCCUGAUGCUCUUAGCUGAUGGGGUCAGGGAACACUUCAGGUACCAGGGCACUCAGGGGUAGAUCUCUAACAUUUCUGCUCCUCAUGCUAGAGUGCCUCCCUUUUCUUUUCUUACUAUCAACCCAGGGGAACAUGGAUCAUGUGUCUGGAUGAUGUUGGGGUUGCAACACUGUCUCCCCAGCCAUACAGCUUAUAUUUGUACUGGUAAGGCCAGAAAUCAUGGAGAAAAAUAAACAAAAAACUGAAAAUAAAAACAAACCCCAAACCGGGAAGACUGCUGGGAGGAGCAGAGCCGAGCUGGGAGGAGCAGAGCCGAGCUGGGAGUGGCUCUCGCUACCGCCAUUACCAUGAGACUGUGGGCAGCUGGUGAGGUGUGGACCCUCUACAUGGUGGGCGUUCUCCCGGAAGUGGGAGGUCCUCAGAAGCCUGCUGCUAAGCUUCCUAUGACACCCAGUGUAUUAGCAGGUGAGAGGUGGACAGUACAGCUGUUUCCAGCUAACUGUGCUGGAGUCUGGAGACUAUGGUUAGAUCAGUGAUAGGAGAUGGAGAUGGUCUGUUUCCACAGGUGCCACGCACAGGGCACAACUUAAAAGUUGAACCAUAGUUGGUUAUGGUGGCAGGUGGAUCUCUGUGAACUCAAGACCAGUGUCAACAAAAUGAGUUCCAGGCCAGGCCGGCCAAAGCUACAAUGGUAAGACCCUGUCUCGAAAAAGAAAGUUGAAUCAUGAACAAGAAAAACUUUCCUUUUGA